AUUCAUAUUACGAAGUUAGAUGUAGGCAAAUGCGAAGAAAGAAAUAUGCUUUUAGAAUAGAUCGGAUUGCAAAAAAAUGAACCACCAAAGAAUUAUACGACGUUCAGAAGUAUUUGUAACAGCUCUUGCGAUACAAUAAUGUUUUGAUAAGAAGUUCAUUGAAAAAAAAGUUUAUUCAAUGACCAACUGAUUUAUUUUAAGUUGUAUUUGGAUUAACCGUACAAAAGACAUUAUAAUUCCAUCAUAUGGAACAUACGACAAAAACAUAUCACAAAUCUUUGAAAAUAUUCAAUAAAUAUCAAGCAAAUAAGAUCAUUUAGCUCCUCCGGUUAUUUAAUCAAGAUGAAGAGCAUUUACAUAUUGAACGAUAAAACAUUCGAAAAUAGUUUCAUACUUUCUCAGUUUUCAAUCGAUUUCAAGUGAAAGGAGAAGAUAACGUUUUUCUUCUAAUAUUUUUAUUUACUUUUGAUUUGAAUCGUUGUAUAAACUAUGUAUUCUGCACAUAUACUGCUCUUGAGUGUUUAUAGAAUGGAUAAAACAAAUAAAUCUUUUCUAUGAUGUCGAUGGAAGAUACUUCAAGUUGAAUUUCUAAUUAGAAUCGAUAAAGAAAAUCAAAUCCUAUAAAAAUAGAAUAUUUUUUGUUAUGAUCUUUUUCCUAUUGAAUUUUCAUAAGCAAGCGAUGAACAUAUGUAAAUAGAAAUUCUUCUAAGACAAAUGAAAUAGUUCAUGUUGAAUAUGUGAGAAUCUUUAAAACUACUUGAGAAAAAUUUCAAAUAUUUCGACAGAGUAUUGCAUUGUAUAUUUUUCGGGAACUUUUAAAAAAUCUCUAUGGAUCUAUAGCGUCGAUAUUGGAAUUGCCUUUACAUUAUUUAAUAACAUUAAAUAAAUGAUCUAUCAAGUUUUGCUCAUUAAAGAAGAAGAAAAUCUUUUCAUUUUUUAAUCAAAAUCAAAUACAGAAACAAGUUUAUGUACAACUUAUUUUAGCUACUAUUGAUAUUAUGAAUGGAACAAGUCAAUGGAGUUAUUUACUACUUCGAAAGAUUAUCAGUUUCCUAAUUAUCUCAAAUAUUGAUAUUACAUCUGAUCGUAGCAUUUCUAAUGCGACACAAUUCAUAAUGAAACUUUACUGAGACAAAAUGCUUAGCGUAAAGUUUUUCUUUUAGUCUAAACUCUAUCGAGGUGCCUGAUAUGAAAUGAUUUGACUUUAGAUUAAAUAAGACAGAACAUAAUGCAAAAGAAUAGACUCAUCGAAAAACAGUCCGGCAAAUCCUUUUCAUCAUAUUGGUCGAUUCUAAUAGGAAAUGAAAAAAAAAACAUUGUCAUAUUAAGAAAUAGUGAGAAAUCUUGAGAAAUCUUACUAAUUUUUAUCAAUUAACAAAUCCAACUAGUCAAUGUUCGGCUUCUUUGAAACUUAGGAAAAAAGAGAAUUGCAUGAUCAUCGGUUUUCGAUUAGAUCAACAAAACUAUUCCAAAAAUCAGCUUCGCUUUGCGAUACUAUUGCUCAAAAAACUUGAAAAAAUCAUGAAAAUUCUACGGUCAGUCAUCGACAUCAUUCGUUUGUCUACUUUAAUAUAAUGUUAUCUGAGAAUCCUGAAGUCUUCAAGAUUGAAAGUUGGAGACGAGAGGUUCCCUUCGGUACAGACAUACGUAGAUGCUGCCGGGUGUGAGUGGAGUGUGGUUCUGAAUAUAAGUAGAAGGGACACCCACAUCCACACCCUACAUUCUAGUUUCUUCAUGUGCAUAAAACAAGAAGAAAAAUAAUUUCGUUCCGACUGAAUAAAUUCAAAUUCAUUAGUAUCCUACAAAGAAUAAGUUGAGUUAGAAUGAGCAGAGGAAAGUUACAAGAUCAUCAUAGAUUUUCAAGUGCUUCUAGGUUGAUCUCAACAAUAAUAUAACUCAGGAGUUAACAUUCAUUAGGUUAAAACAAUGCUUCCAUUUCGAACGAUGGAUAUCUGUUGAAUAUUAUUGAAUAAACACUUUCGAUAGACGAACGAAAAAAAAGAGGAAUUCUUUUUCUUUCAAAAGUGAUGAUACGUUGAAUACAAUAAUAGGAAAGCAAUAGACAUUUUCCUUGAACAAGCACAUAGAGAAACUCGAAGUUCGAUUCUCAUCACUUUCGAUUAAUGUUCGAUCAAUACGAACGAAGUGAAUUCUAUUAACAAAUUGGUGUGAACUUUUUCUGUCGGAAUGAGUCAUUGAUUUUGACUUUUUCAAAAAUGAAAAUUCGUGUCAAGUAUUUCAAAACUUUUAUGGCAGCUGUGAAAUUUUGAAUAUACAUCGAAAAUUAGCAAUUUUUCUCUCAGCUAUCUUUCCAUACUCCAAAUAUUCACCUGAUUGGCUUGAUGAAAAUCGAACUGAAAAAACCGCCACGAAUUAUAUUGUGGCACUCACAUAUGUUUUGGACAAAAAUAAUCGGAAUCAAAUAAUGAAUAUGUAUAACUGUUUUAUUUGCCAUUUACUUCAACGCUUGUAAUCAUAAAAAUGUUAAAUUAAGAAAAAAAUUGCGAAAAUGAAAAAUAACGAGUGAAUAGUCAUGAUGAAAACAAAAUUGAAAAAAAUCUUGACUAGAUAUUUCCUCUAUUUUUUAUUAGUAUAAGGACGCUAGCUAAGGAACCAUGUGAGUUUCAUAUUUCAACCCAAAAGUGGCUGCACUAACAGGCUAUCUUAAAAUGUUCACUGUUUGUUCUAACAAAAUUAUUUUUCAUUUCAUCAUUGAGAUCACAAAAAUAGUUUUUAACUUGCAUUGCAGUUUUUGAGAAGUAGUGAUGAUAUUUAAUUGACUUUCUUUGAAUAAUACUUGAAGCGAAAUGUUUGAUUGGAUGGGUUUCAAAAGAACAUCAUCUGGAAAUUGUUCAGAGUGGCAGAUCGAUUGUAAUUCAAACUCAAUAAACAUUUCCAUCAUCUAUGACUAUUUUUAACAAUUAUCUGUUAAAAAAAUCGUUAAAGAUGAGACUUUCUUUACUGAUUAUGGUAAUUAGUCACCAUACUAUGCUAUUAAAUAUUGUUUAAAAGAAAAAUUAUUUCGAUGAUAGUGUGAUAAAGAGAAAAUUCACGUGUAAAUUCAAAGAUUCGAAUGUUCGUCAUCGUUGAAUACGAAGUCUCAGACUUUCCUUCAUUUGAAAUACCGAAACAAUGGGACUAGCUUUGAGAAAUCGUCCGAUUUGACCACCUAGAAAACAUUUUCUUUUUCUUUUCUCUCGUGAUCAAAGUUCUGUACUAAGAAUAUUGGUUUUUACUGACGGACAUUGAUCCAAUAUGGAUGAGCGAAAUUGUGUUUUGUUUCAGUGGCAUUACUACCCCGUGUAACACUCAGUACAAAUUCGAAAUGGAUACAGAAUGGUGUAACUGUGGCUGGAGGAAAUGGAGCAGGUAGUGGAUUGCAUCAACUAUACAAUCCAUGGGCUUUGGAUUUGGAUCAUAAUCGAAAUAUUUACAUAGCUGAGUACAGUAAUCAUCGAAUUGUGGAAUGGAAAUGUGGUGCAACGAUUGGUCGAAUUGUGGCCGGUGGAAAUGGACCAGAAAAUGAUUUUGAUCAGUUGAGUUAUCCGACGAAUAUCAUCAUUGAUAGACAAAGUGAUAGUUUCAUCAUUUCUGAUUUUGGCAAUAAAAGAAUAGUUCGAUGGCCUCGUUCAAAUGGUACGAAUGGAGAAACAAUCAUCUCCAACAUUCGAUGUUAUGGCUUGGCAAUGGACGACAACGGAUUUCUCUAUGUUUCUGAUUGGGACAAACAUGAAGUCAGACGAUAUCGAAUAGGAGAAAAUCAAGGAACAAUAGUUGCAGGUGGAAAUGGAGCAGGAAAUCGUCUUGAUCAGUUGAAUUAUCCGAUAAGCGUAUUCGUCGAUCAAGCUCAUUUAAUAUAUACGUCCGAUUACUAUAAUCAUCGUGUAAUGAAGUGGAUAGAAGGUUCGAGAUGUGGUAUUGUCGUGGCUGGUGGUCGAGGGCAAGGAAAUAGUUUUACACAGUUAUCAAAUCCUCGUGGAAUUGUCGUGGAUCAGUCAGGUAACAUCUAUGUAGCUGAUGAAUCAAAUUAUCGAAUAGUACGUUGGUCUCCAGGAGCCACACAGGGAAGUGUCAUCGUUGGCGGAUAUGGUCAAGGAAGUCUAUCAAAUCAACUGUCAAAUCCGAUGGGUUUGUCCUUUGACCGAGAGGGCAAUCUCUACGUGAAUGAUACUGGAAAUCAUCGCGUACAAAAGUUCAAUAUUGAUCAAAAUUUAUGA